AGGUGCCUUCCUUAUACCAUACAUCAUAAUGCUGGUAGUUGGAGGCAUUCCACUAUUUUAUAUGGAACUCGCCUUGGGUCAGUACAAUCGUACGGGAGCUAUAACUCUGUGGAAAAAAUUGUGUCCGCUGUUCAAAGGCAUAGGCUGGGCCGUGGUCAUGAUUGCCUUUUAUGUCGAUUUUUAUUACAACGUCAUAAUCUCGUGGGCGUUCUAUUAUUUCUUCGCAUCGUUCACGACCGUCCUUCCAUGGAGUCACUGUGAUAACGAAUUCAACACAGAGCUUUGCUUCUUGCCCACUGAGGGUCCGGAAUACUUUGUGCCUCUGAUGGCAUACAACGAUUCUAUGUCAGAUCUUCCUGAAGGCUUUGGAAUAGAUUUCAAUGGCACAACGCAAUAUGUAUACAUAAACAAAACAGUCUCAGCAGCUACCGAAUACUUUGAGAGAGGCGUGUUCCAGUUACAUGAAGCAGAUGGCGUGAGUUACCUUGGAAAUAUUCGUUGGCAACUAGUUUUAUGUUUAAUGGCUGUUUACAUCAUUUGCUAUUUUAGUCUUUGGAAAGGUAUCAAAGCCUCUGGGAAGGUUGUAUGGUUUACUGCUACAUUCCCUUAUCUUGUAUUAUUUAUACUUCUAAUACGUGGAGUGACAUUACCUGGAGCGCGUAAAGGAAUCGCGUACUACCUCAUACCAGACUGGGGCAGGUUACAGUCGUCGGAGGUUUGGAUAGACGCUGCCACACAGAUAUUCUUCUCAUUGGGACCAGGUUUCGGUGUUCUUCUUGCAUUUUCGAGCUACAAUAAAUUUAACAACAAUGUAUAUAGAGACGCCUUAGUAACAAGCAGUAUCAACUGCCUUACAAGUUUCGGGUCUGGUUUUGUUAUAUUCUCUGUGCUCGGAUAUAUGGCAGAGAGACAGGGCCUAGAAGUGGGAGAAGUUGCUACCGAAGGCCCUGGCUUAGUGUUUAUCGUAUACCCCGAAGCGCUGUCAACCAUGCCCGGAUCUACUUUCUGGUCCUUGAUAUUCUUUGCAAUGUUAAUCACACUGGGAUUGGAUAGUUCGUUUGGAGGAUCAGAAGCCAUUUUGACAGGUGUAUCAGAUGAGUUCCCAAAGUCAAUUAAACCACACCGAGAGAUCUUCGUGGGAUGCUUGUUCGCUUUUUACUUUGUUAUAGGACUUACCAUGUGUACACAGGGAGGGCCGUAUGUGGUAUCAUUACUUGACGCUUAUGUCGCCGGUUAUUCUAUACUAUGGGCGGUGUUGUUUGAGGCAGUUGCAGUGUCUUGGUUCUAUGGAUAUAAACGAUUCUGUGGAGAUAUUGCUGAGAUGCUAGGAUCGGGACCAGGGCCGUACUGGCGAAUAUGUUGGCCCUACAUUUGUCCAAUCUUUCUCAUG